AUGGCUCUCCUCAUCUUGCUGUUCCUGCUGCCAAGUCCCUUACAUUCCCAGCCCACUUGUGAUGUCUCCAAAGUGACCAGCCUGCUGGAAGUAAACUGUGAGGACAAGAAGCUGAAAAAAUUGCCUACAGACCUGCCAGCCGACACAGGCAUCCUCCGCCUGAGCAAGAACCAACUGGGCACCUUCUCCACAUCAUACCUGGUGCAUUUCACUCACCUUACUCACCUGUACCUGAGUAGAUGUGAGCUGACCAGCCUGCAGGCCCAUGAGAAACUGUUAAAGCUGGAAACCCUGGACUUAUCCCACAAUCACCUGCGAAGUCUGCCCUCCCUAGGACGGGCACUGCCUGCACUCACUACUCUAGACGUCUCCUUCAACAAGCUGGGCUCACUGUCUCCUGGUGCCCUGGAAGGCCUGGGCCAACUUGAGGAACUCUACUUGCAGAACAAUGAUCUUAAGAGUCUGCCCCCUGGGCUCUUAAUGCCCACAACUAAGCUGUCGAAACUCAGUCUGGCCAACAACAAACUUCGUGAGCUGCCCCCUGGGCUCCUAGAUGGGCUAGAGGUUCUUGACACCCUCUACCUUCAAGGGAACUGGCUCAGCACAAUACCAAAGGGUUUCUUUGGGUCCCUCCUCUUGCCUUUUGUUUUUCUCCAUGCCAACACCUGGUACUGUGAUUGUGAAAUCCUCUACUUCCGUAACUGGCUCCAGGAAGACCCCAACCGUGUCUACUUAUGGAAGGAGGGUGUAGAUGUCAAGGCCAUGACUGCUAAUGUGGCCAGUGUACGAUGUGCCAAUUUGGGCAAUGCGCCUGUCUACUCCUACCCAGGGAAGGGCUGCCCUACCAAUGAGGGUGACACAGACUAUGAUGACUAUGCUGAUACCCCUACCUCAAGGACUGAGGUGAAGUUCUCUACUAACACUAAAGCUCAUACUACCCACUGGGGCCUAUUCUACUCAGAGUCUUCCACUUCUCCAGACAGACAAAUGACUUCUUUGCCUCCCAUCCACGAACCCACUAAGAAACAAUCUACAUUUGCCCACACAGAGAUCCCAGGUUUCGCCACACUCCCAGAUACCAUGGAAUCCAACACAGCCUUCUACAGUCUAAACAAUACUGUACCCACCGCCACCCCAGAGCCCACCUCCACCCAGGCUACCCCAGAGCCCAGCAGCACCCCAAUCCUUACCACUCCCGUGUCUACCCCAGAGCCCAGCAGCAUCCCAAUGCUUACCACUCCUGUGCCUACCCCAGAGCCCAGCAGCAUCCCAAUGCUUACCACUCCUGUGCCUACCCCAGAGCCCAGCAGCAUCCCAAUGCUUACCACUCCUGUGUCUACCCCAGAGCCCAGCAGCAUCCCAAUGCUUACCACUCCUGUGUCUACCCCAGAGCCCAGCAGCAUCCCAAUGCUUACCACUCCUGUGUCUACCCCAGAGCCCAGCAGUACCCCAAUGCUUACCACUCCUGUGUCUACCCCAGAGCCCAGCAGUACCCCAAUGCUUACCACUCCCACCCUGACUACCCCAGAGUCCAGCAGCACCCCAAGUAUUCUAGUGUCUACUAUCCCCCCAGUGCUCACUACCACCCUGGCCCCUCCAGAGUCUAUCCCAAAGACCGUUUUAGAACAACUUUAUACCCCAGAGCCCACUUUACCCCGUACCUUAGAAUCCUCAAUAAUAAUCCCAGAGCAGAAUAGUCUAAAUUCCCAAGCGGUGCCUCAAGCAAGUUCUGAUACUCCUAAAAGCAAUCCUUUUCUCAACUCUGACUUCUGUUGCCUCCUCCCCCUGGGCUUCUAUAUUCUGGGUCUCCUCUGGCUCUUAUUUGCCUCUGUGGUCCUCAUCGUGUUGCUGACCUGGAUCUGGCAUGUGACACCGCACAAUCUGGACAUGGACCAAUCUGCUGCAUUGGCCACAAGCACACACACCACAAGCCUGGAAAUGCAGAGAGCAAGGCAAGUAACUAUGCCCUGGGCCUGGCUGCUCUCCCUUCAAGGAUCACUCCCUACUUUCCGGUCUAGCCUUUUCCUGUGGGUAAGGCCUAAUGGGCAUGUGGGGCCUCUGGUAGCAGGACGGAGACCCUCAGCUCUGAGUCAGGGUCAUGGUCAGGACCUAUUGGGCAGAGUGGGUAUUAGGUACUCAGGCCACAGUCUGUGACCGUGAAUGCUAAGACUUUACUGGACUCUCCUAGGACCUAGCUAGGACAGGAGGUUGAGAGCAUUACAGGACCUCCUAUUUACUUCUCCUUUAUCUGAAGCCCCUUCUUUACAUCUAGGCACCCAAAUCCAAACCUACAAAUCAAGAGGUAGUGAGGUGAUGUAUCCCCGUGGUCACAGGACCAAUCUCCCUCCGUUGCUUAGAGUAUUGCCAGGCUACAUGGUCACUACCACUUUGUGGGGGGAAAAAAAAGAGCUGGAAAAAGCAGAUAGGAAUAGUGUGGCUCCUAAAUGUUCACCCUUGGAAGAAAAUGUGGAAAGUCAUUCAUCAGGAUGGGAGCACUACCCCUAAGUAUCAUGAGUACUUUUCCCUUGGUUAACACUCUGGUUUUCUACCAGUGUUAUCAUUUGUAUAAUAAAACUAUUUU